UUGAACCCCCAGGCAUUGAACCCACUCGGGAUUCUCCUCCGCGGCCCCCGCCGUCAGCGGUAGAAGGAGUCCCCGGGAGCAGUCGAUCAAAACCAUCUCAUCGUGCAUCAUCUCGCCGCUGCCAGCCGCUCACCAGGCUGACAGAACCGAACCGAACAGAACCAACCCUGCCACUCCACCGCUCACCGACACCGCUCUGCGGCGGCUCCUCCGCCCUCACCCCAGCGCACUCCCCGCUGCCGCUUAGCCGCGCUCUCAUUGGCUGGCAGCGCCAUCCAUCACGGGGAAGGCGGGGCUUGGGGAGGCGGCUCAGCCAAUGGAGCGGCGCCCCUUCCCUCCUUCCCACCCCGCGCUUGCGCAGAGCGCGUCCUGACGCGUCGCGGCAGCAGCGGAAGCGGCGGGGCCGCGGCAGUUCCGCCUCGGCGUUGUUCGCUCUGGACAAAAUGGCGAAGAUCGCCAAGACCCACGAAGAUAUCGAAGCACAAAUUCGAGAAAUUCAAGGAAAAAAACCUGCUCUUGAUGAAGCACAAGGAGUAGGCCUUGAUUCCACAGGAUAUUAUGAUCAAGAAAUCUAUGGUGGCAGUGACAGCAGGUUUGCUGGAUAUGUCACUUCUAUUGCAGCAACUGAAUUGGAAGAUGAUGAUGAUGAUUACCCUUCCACAAGUUUGCUUGGCCAGAAGAAGCCAGGGUACCAUGCUCCAGUGGCAUUGCUUAAUGACAUCCCUCAGUCUACUGAACAGUAUGAUCCUUUUGCAGAACACCGACCUCAAAAGAUUGCAGAUCGAGAAGAUGAGUACAAAAAGCACAGGAGGAUGAUGAUUAUUUCCCCUGAGCGCCUUGAUCCUUUUGCAGAUGGUAAUUUUUUUUUGCCUUUUCUAUACCCUGUAUGGAAUUUGUUGUUGUCUGGAAUUGUCUUUAGCCCUUUGAUUUUUGUUGGCAUGCUUAUAAACUUAGUUUCAUUUUAAACAUCCCCUUUUUAUAGAGAUUUGGUUGAAAACCUAGAUGCCAUAUUCUUCAUCUUUAUAAUACAAGUUUUCUUUCCAGGUAGAAGGACAAGAAAAUAAUGAGCCAUUGCCAUAGAAACACAAAGGGUUAAAGGUUUCUCUUUUCAUUUUGUUUUGGGUUGUGCAUUAUACUUUGAACAACAACUUGUGUAUUGAGUGCUCAGAUUCUUUCAGUACCUUGAAAGUUUUCAUUCCGAGUCAUAGAUGUUCAGGGUUGGCUGCUUUUGAAAUAGAGCACCUAAUUCUUACCAUCCUAUGUAAACUGAGGUGCUAUAGCUAAAAGAAACAAAAGCAUAUAUAAGACUUUGAUACUAUUACUAGUUCAAGUCUGUUCUGAUAAUUUUAGAAUACAAGCCAGGAAAAGGGGUGUAGUGGGUCUGGCAGAAACUUUCUUCAGGUGAGUUGAGUUUCACUUGUGGCAAUAAAGGUGCCUGUGGGCUUGAAAUUAGUGGCUGGUUUGCAGGUUUUACAAAUUAGAAUUUCAGCCUGCAUGAAUGAGUAGGGAUAUUAAUUAUUUUACUUGCUUAAUUGUAAUUGAUAUAAAGAUGUUUUGUCAGAAUUCACAGGCCCAUACUAACUGUCCUUAAUUUCUUUCCUACAGCAGUACUGCUAUAUGCCAGUCCUGUCUGCAUUCUUAAGGGUGCAGUUCAACACAUCCUGUGUAGAUUAUGGUGAAAAAGUAUUCCAAAGGAAAGUCCUAUCAAAGCUAGUGUCAGAAUGACACAGCCAAUUGGGCAAUCAUCUUCAGCAUAGAAAUGUUUAAGAAGUGUGGUUUUUUUCCCUAAAUUAUAAUGCUAUACCACUCGUAUAGCAAACCUGCACAUUUUUCUAUAAGAAAAAGUGGUUUUCUUGACAAGUCUCAUUUUUAUUAAAGUUGGGCUUCUGAUAAAGUCUUUUAAAGGUUAAUUAACUCAAGAUAAACAUCAUAAAACAACAUAUGGUAUACAAAACCCAUUACCUGUGAGUAUCAUUGUGGUGGUAUAUGUACUGUAUUGCAUUCAGCUCCCAAUCACAGUUGUACCUUGAGAAGAGGGGGAAAGUAUCAUCAAAGAGCUUUUUGGGUGUUUGUUUUUUUGUUUCUUUGUUUUUUGUUUGGUUGGUUUGGUUGUUUUUUGGUUUGGUUUUUUUUUUUUUUUUUCGUUUUGGUUUUGGUUUUUUUUUAAUGAAGCCCUUUUACAAAGUCAUACUAGAGGAUCUGGGAGACGUGUCCAGAUUUGUCAGAGUUUUAUAAAUGGGUCUUUAGGGUAAAACAUUUUCAGCAUUGCUUAGGAAUGCAGUAGUUAGUUAUAGUCAGAUAACAACUAGGAUUUAACAGCUUACACAAGGUAAUGUUUUGAAUAUAAAUAUCUUUCCAAAGUGUUACUAAUGGUAAAGAGAUAAUUUUCUAGGCUUCUAUUCUGCUGCUUGAAGUCAGAACUGCUGAUGGAGACAAAGGCACGAAAGUGAGGGAAGACACCAGAUCCUAAAAUGAAUGCCAGAACAUACAUGGAUGUUAUGCGUGAACAGCAUUUAACAAAAGAAGAGAGGGAAAUUAGGCAGCAGCUAGCUGAAAAAGCUAAAGCUGGAGAGCUCAAAGUCGUCAAUGGAGCCGCAUCUCAGCCGCCUUCAAAACGCAAACGGCGUUGGGAUCAGACAGCUGAUCAGACUCCUGGUGCUACACCUAAGAAAUUAUCCAGCUGGGAUCAAGCAGAGACUCCUGGGCACACACCAUCUCUGCGGUGGGAUGAAACUCCAGGUCGUGCAAAGGGUAGCGAAACUCCUGGUGCCACCCCAGGAUCCAAAAUUUGGGAUCCAACUCCCAGUCACACACCAGCAGGAGCUGCAACACCUGGACGGGACACCCCAGGUCAUGCCACGCCAGGCCACGGAGGGGCCACUUCCAGCGCACGGAAAAAUCGAUGGGAUGAAACACCUAAAACAGAAAGAGAUACUCCUGGACAUGGCAGUGGAUGGGCUGAGACACCUCGUACAGACAGAGGUGGUGACUCCAUUGGGGAGACACCAACCCCAGGAGCAAGCAAAAGGAAGUCCCGUUGGGAUGAAACCCCUGCUAGCCAGAUGGGUGGCAGCACUCCUGUUCUGACACCUGGAAAAACACCCAUUGGGACACCAGCUAUGAACAUGGCAACUCCCACACCAGGUCAUAUCAUGAGCAUGACUCCUGAACAGCUGCAGGCUUGGCGUUGGGAAAGGGAAAUUGAUGAGAGAAACAGACCACUUUCUGAUGAAGAACUGGAUGCUAUGUUUCCAGAAGGAUACAAGGUUCUUCCCCCACCAGCUGGGUACGUACCGAUUCGCACUCCAGCUCGUAAGCUGACAGCCACCCCAACACCUUUGGGUGGCAUGACUGGAUUCCACAUGCAGACAGAAGACAGGACCAUGAAAAGUGUUAAUGACCAGCCCUCUGGUAAUCUCCCAUUCCUAAAGCCAGAUGAUAUCCAGUAUUUUGAUAAACUGCUGGUUGAUGUUGAUGAAUCAACUCUGAGUCCUGAAGAACAGAAGGAGAGAAAAAUAAUGAAAUUACUUCUGAAAAUAAAGAAUGGCACACCUCCCAUGAGAAAGGCUGCGUUGAGACAGAUUACUGAUAAAGCUCGCGAAUUUGGGGCAGGGCCAUUGUUUAAUCAGAUUCUGCCUCUGCUGAUGUCACCAACCCUUGAAGAUCAGGAGCGCCACUUGCUGGUCAAAGUCAUUGACAGAAUUCUUUACAAACUGGAUGAUUUGGUCCGACCAUAUGUACACAAGAUCCUUGUCGUCAUUGAGCCACUGCUGAUUGAUGAAGACUACUAUGCUAGAGUGGAAGGCAGAGAAAUUAUUUCAAACUUGGCAAAGGCUGCUGGUUUGGCAACAAUGAUCUCCACCAUGCGACCUGAUAUUGAUAACAUGGAUGAGUAUGUCAGAAACACAACAGCUCGAGCCUUUGCUGUUGUUGCGUCUGCUUUGGGCAUUCCUUCUCUGUUACCCUUCCUGAAGGCUGUCUGUAAAAGCAAGAAGUCCUGGCAGGCUAGACACACUGGCAUCAAGAUUGUGCAGCAGAUUGCUAUUCUUAUGGGCUGUGCUAUCUUGCCUCAUCUCAGGAGCUUGGUUGAAAUUAUUGAACAUGGUCUGGUGGAUGAGCAGCAGAAAGUCCGUACCAUCAGUGCUUUGGCUAUUGCUGCCUUGGCUGAGGCAGCUACACCCUAUGGUAUUGAGUCAUUUGAUUCUGUUCUGAAGCCUCUAUGGAAGGGUAUACGUCAGCACAGAGGAAAGGGUUUGGCUGCCUUUUUGAAGGCUAUUGGUUACCUGAUUCCACUCAUGGAUGCUGAGUAUGCCAACUAUUACACCAGAGAAGUCAUGCUGAUCCUUAUCAGAGAGUUCCAGUCUCCUGACGAAGAGAUGAAAAAAAUUGUGUUGAAGGUGGUAAAACAGUGCUGUGGUACAGAUGGUGUUGAAGCAAACUACAUUAAAACAGAAAUCUUGCCACCUUUUUUCAAACACUUCUGGCAGCACAGAAUGGCAUUGGACAGAAGAAAUUACAGACAGCUGGUUGAUACAACCGUGGAGCUGGCAAACAAAGUUGGAGCAGCAGAAAUAAUUUCUAGAAUUGUGGACGACCUGAAAGAUGAGGCUGAGCAGUACAGAAAAAUGGUCAUGGAAACAAUUGAGAAGAUAAUGGGAAAUCUGGGAGCAGCAGACAUUGAUCAUAAACUAGAAGAACAACUGAUUGAUGGUAUCCUGUAUGCCUUCCAGGAACAGACCACAGAGGAUUCUGUGAUGCUGAAUGGUUUUGGCACAGUGGUGAAUGCUCUGGGGAAGAGAGUUAAACCUUACUUGCCACAGAUCUGUGGUACGGUUCUGUGGCGUUUGAACAACAAAUCAGCCAAAGUCAGGCAGCAAGCUGCUGACCUCAUCUCUCGUACUGCAGUUGUCAUGAAGACUUGUCAAGAGGAAAAGCUGAUGGGACACUUGGGUGUUGUGUUGUAUGAGUACCUGGGUGAAGAGUAUCCUGAAGUCCUGGGCAGCAUCCUUGGAGCACUUAAGGCCAUUGUGAAUGUUAUAGGUAUGCACAAGAUGACCCCACCAAUCAAAGAUCUACUGCCACGGCUCACACCAAUUUUGAAGAACAGACAUGAGAAAGUACAGGAAAAUUGUAUUGAUCUUGUUGGGCGUAUUGCAGACAGAGGUGCAGAAUAUGUUUCUGCAAGAGAAUGGAUGAGGAUCUGCUUUGAACUGCUUGAAUUAUUAAAAGCUCACAAGAAAGCCAUUCGCAGAGCCACAGUGAACACUUUUGGUUACAUUGCAAAAGCUAUUGGACCUCACGACGUGUUGGCUACCCUGCUAAAUAACCUGAAAGUACAGGAAAGGCAGAACAGAGUAUGUACUACAGUAGCCAUUGCUAUUGUAGCUGAAACAUGCUCACCUUUCACAGUGCUGCCUGCACUCAUGAAUGAGUACAGAGUUCCAGAGCUGAAUGUCCAGAAUGGGGUGUUAAAAUCUCUUUCUUUCCUGUUUGAAUACAUUGGAGAGAUGGGAAAAGAUUACAUUUAUGCUGUGACCCCAUUGCUUGAAGAUGCUUUAAUGGACAGGGACCUUGUACACAGGCAAACAGCCAGUGCUGUGGUGCAACACAUGUCUCUUGGUGUUUAUGGGUUUGGCUGUGAAGAUUCUCUUAAUCAUUUGUUAAAUUACGUGUGGCCUAACGUGUUUGAAACCUCCCCUCACGUCAUUCAGGCAGUUAUGGGGGCUCUGGAGGGCCUCAGAGUUGCUAUUGGACCCUGCAGAAUGUUGCAGUAUUGUUUACAGGGUUUGUUCCAUCCUGCCAGGAAAGUCAGAGACGUUUAUUGGAAGAUUUAUAACUCCAUCUACAUCGGAUCACAGGAUGCUCUCAUUUCACAUUACCCCAGAAUCUAUAAUGAUGAAAAGAACACCUAUAUUCGUUAUGAACUUGAUUACAUCUUAUAAUCCUCUUAUUCAGUUGUUUGUGUUUAAGGCACAGCUGUUUGUCAAUUAAAUGCUUCAGAUUUGAUGUAAAAUUUUAAAAUAUUUGAGAUCAGUCUAGAGCUGGUCAGAGGCAGAGCUAGGAAUCCAGUAGCAUGAUUUUUUAAAUAUGUCCUUGUUUUUUGAUGUUAAACAGUUCAAGCCAGUAGUGACCAAGAAAACAGUGAUUACCAUGUACUGGAGGGAUUUCAUUUUGGCUUCAUCUUUAUGAAGAUUUAGAUUUCAUUCCUUGUGUUUAAAGGGGAAGUUUAUUUGAGAAAUAAACAUUUGUGUAUAAAACCUAAUUUGUGUGUGGUUUUUGGACAGAGGGGCUUGUAAAACGAGUCCCUUUGGAUUAAGUAUUUGUUUAUGUAAUAAAUAGGUGGCAUAAAACAUUUUAACCCUUUUUGUCAUCCCCUAGCUUUUGAAUAAAUAAGAAAAAUGUACAAACUGUA